AUGACGAUGGGCGAAGAAUUUGGUCAGCACUUCACAUAUCUCUUUGCCCGUCUUGGUGCUGCCGGAGAAACCCCGGAAGCCGAGGGGCGUGAGACAGGGCGUGCCAUUUGGUGCACUGGGACAGGUGUUACACUGAGGCUCGCAGCCAACAGAGACCAACUGGUGAGGCAGGUGGCCGGGGAGGCAGUCAUUGAGGUAGGACAUCAGGGGCGAUUUAUCGGAGCACUCCGGGGCCUCCGCGGGGAUAGUGGAGGCAUAGGGACUCUCCCUGAUCUGCUCGUCGUGGCACAGCUUGGCGGAUUUGCGGAGCCUCUGGUAGACACAGUUGUGCGGGAGGCCCGUCAGCCAUACGAGCAUCUCGUAGACGUUGCACGGCGACCUGGUGGCGGAGCAAGUGGCGUAGUGGCACGCCUUGUAGUAAUCGUGGAGACACUCGAGGAGAAUUCCGAGCGCGGUUUUGGUGUCUCUGUCGGAGUUGAAGACGCGGCUGUGAUCGCCGACGAGGAGCAUGGCAAUUACCUUACCGGUCACAUGCCCGUUCAACUCGCCGCUGCGCUGGCCGCCGUCUGGAACAUUGUAGCCCAUUUCGCCGAGGAGCCUGCCGAGCUCGGCGGCGAAGGCACUGAGCCCGUCCGUCACGCCGUCUAUCACAGCCGUGCUUGGCCUGGCGAAGCACUCCGGCCUGAGGCCGGCGAGUGCCUUGUCAAGCGCGUCAAGCAGACCACGGACCUCAUGGCCGUAGCGUUGCGCACCGGUUAUGUGGGUGAGCAAGUUAUUAAGCGCUGUGUAGACGUAAUUAAGCUUAGUUGCGUAGCGCUCCUCGGACGGCGGGAGCAGGGGACUUUUGUCGCCCUCACGCUCCCUGUGCUCCCUCCGGAUCUCACUGCUGACGUACUCGUCGAGCGGCGCGAAGAAAUUCUGGAACGCGGAGGACAAUGCUCGGAGCAUUCUGCUCUGCACGUUCCUUAG